UUUGCGACCUUGCAGUCAACGGCAAUGGCGAGCGUGACGGAUAGCGGCAGUGAGAAGAUGGCGGAGGAGGAACGGAAUGCCAAUGCUGAGAAACUCAAGGAGAAGGCGAAUACUUACUUUAAAGAUAAAGACUAUGAGAACGCCAUCAAGUACUACACGGAGGCGAUCGAGCUGAACUCGGACAAUGCCAUCUUCUACAGCAACCGCAGCCUGGCGUACCUGCGCACCGAGUGCUAUGGCUACGCCCUGGCCGACGCCACCCGCGCCCUGGAGGUGGACAAGAACUACAUCAAGGGCUACUACCGCCGCGCCACCUCCAACAUGGCGCUCGGCAAGUUCAAGGCCGCGCUCAAGGACUAUGAGACGGUAGUGCGGGUGAGACCCAACGACAAGGACGCCAAGAUGAAGUAUCAGGAGUGCAACAAGAUCGUCAAGCAGAAGGCCUUCGAGAGGGCCAUCGCCAGCGACGAGCUCAAGCGCUCGGUGGUCGACUCGCUCGACAUCGAAAGCAUGACGAUCGAGGAUGAGUAUACGGGCCCCAAGUUAGAGGAUGGUAAAGUCACGGUGACCUUCAUGAAGGAGUUGAUGGCCUGGUUUAAGGACCAGAAGAAAUUGCACAGAAAGUGUGCCUAUCAGAUGCUGGUCCAAACUAAAGAACUUUUAUCCAAACUUCCUAGUCUUGUUGAGAUUACGCUAAAAGAGACAGAGAAAAUAACUAUUUGCGGUGACACGCAUGGUCAGUUCUAUGAUCUCCUCAACAUAUUUGAGCUGAACGGUUUACCAUCCGAGACCAACCCCUACUUGUUUAACGGGGACUUUGUGGACCGCGGCUCCUUCUCAGUGGAGGUGAUCGUCACGCUGUUUGGCUUCAAGCUGCUGUAUCCAGACCACUUCUUCCUCCUGAGAGGUAACCACGAGACGGACAACAUGAACCAAAUGUACGGCUUCGAGGGCGAGGUGAAGGCCAAGUACACGGCGCAGAUGUUCCAGCUGUUCAGCGAGGUGUUCCAGUGGCUGCCCCUCGCGCAGUGCAUCAACGGCAAAGUGCUGGUGAUGCACGGAGGUCUGUUCAGUGAGGACGGAGUCACCUUGGACGACCUGCGGAAAAUCGAGAGGAACAGACAACCUCCAGACUCCGGUCCUAUGUGUGACCUCCUGUGGUCCGACCCACAACCACAGAACGGGCGCUCCAUCAGCAAGCGCGGCGUGAGCUGCCAGUUUGGGCCGGACGUGACGCAGCGCUUCCUGGAGCAGAACAAGCUGGACUACAUCAUCCGCAGCCACGAGGUCAAGGCCGAGGGCUACGAGCUCACCCACUCAGGGAAGUGCAUCACCGUCUUCUCAGCACCCAACUACUGUGACCAGAUGGGUAACAAAGGAGCCUAUAUCCACCUCAAGGGAUCUGACCUCAAGCCAGAGUUUCACCAGUUCACUGCUGUGCCUCAUCCGAAUGUCAAGCCCAUGGCGUACGCCAACACCUUGAUGCAGCUGGGGAUGAUGUAGACGAGGGCGUGGGAGGGAGGCCGCAUCUGUCUGAUGGAGUCUGACGUCCACAUCUCCGUCUCCGUCUCGUCUCUGGCCUGCUGAGAGCCACAGCCAGCCAAUCAGCAGUCAGCAGCAGCGGUGUCAGCUGCUCACCUGCUCUCCUCCUCCUCCUCCUCUUCCUCCUGUUCACUGUAGAUCCGCCCACCCUCCACCCAGUGACUCCGCCCCUUUCCCCCCCUAGAACUCCACCAAUCCCGACCUUUUUAGACAGACAGACACCGGCCCCUGCAGCCAAUAGCGACACACGAACACACUCUCAUUCCAGGUUUGCCAGUAGUGGGCGGUCCCUAAACACAUGCACACGUGUCGCGCGCACACACACUCACGUCACACAUACUCUA